AUGGAUUUACCGGUGGAUGAGUGGAAGUUAUGUCCCCUACACUAUACCAUUAUCUACAAUCGUCGUCAGCUAGUUUCCGUCCUGCUGCAUGCCCCCAACCCCGGCUUCCGAAUCCACCAGAAGGAUGUGGGAUGCAACACCGCCCUGCACUUAGCCGUUAUGACCGCUGAGGACGAGAUCGUGGCCGACCUCAUCACAUUCAUUCAGACAUAUGAUCCCACCGCCGGUGUGGACCCAAUUGACUCGCUUAGACGGACUCCUCUGAUGCUGGCAUGGAUGCUCUCCCGUUUCACCGUGGCUGAGAGUCUGAUCCAAGCAGGAGCCAAUCAGGAGAGUGUGGAUUGCUACGGCUGGUCAGCCAGACGCUACGAGACGGUGGCUAGGGCAAGAAUAGAGCGCCUAGGAGGAACUUAUUCUAGAUCUACUCGCAAGGUGAGGCAUUCGGGAGGUGGGGGGGGAUGGGCAGGUUGA